CGAAGUGCAGCGGCAACAACAACAGCGGCAGCAGCAGCAGCAGCAGCAGCCUCCGCCGCUACAGGAUCGCGAGGGGAAGAGCUCGAAUGCAGUGUGUGUCUGGUGAAGGGUUCAGAACUUCGCAACCUUGUUCUAGUCUGCAGCGGCUGCGGUGCUGCAGUUCAUCAGUAUUGCUAUGCUCUCUUUGCCGCUCCAGAAGGCCCGUGGCUGUGCUGCCUUUGCGUCUGGAAGCAGAAGCAGCAGCAGCAACAGCAGCAGCAAGUGGAUGCACCAGCUCUUGCUGCAUCUGCAGCCUCAGCCGGCGAAAUGAUUCUUCCCAAGAGACCCUCCAGUGCUUCGUUGCAGCAGCCCUCUCAGCUAGGCGCAUCAGCAAGUAGCAGAAGCAUCUCAGAGGUGUGCCGCCUCUGCCUGAAGGCCGGGGGGGGGGCCAUGCGUAUUGGGGAGGAACGCCUUUGGGUGCACAGCUGCUGCGUGCUGUAUGCUGUUGGAGGACCUUUCUUUAAGCAGCAGCUGCACUUAGACUCGCCCACUGCAAUUGCGUCCUCCGUAUCAUUGGCUGCAGCAAUGCAGUGGGUAUGCUGUCUCUGCGGCUUGGGGGGCUUUCCUGUGAGCUGCGGCUAUCCUGGCUGCAGCAACCGGCUGCACGUCACCUGUGCCAAAGCAGCGAACUGCUGCUGUUGCUGCUGCUCUCUGUGGUCUGGGGAUGCUGAAGGGAUAGGCAGAGAGGCUCCCUGGCGCGCUGUAUUCUGUAAGCAACACAGCAAUGCUGCAGCCGUCGGUGUUGCCAAACAAAGCCGCAAAAAGGCCCUCUUUGGUAGUCUUCAGCCGACAGUGGUGGCUUCGGAGGACAGUGUAGGGGGAUCUUCAGCAGCUGCCGGUGUAGGCAGCAGCAACGCGGCAUCAAGCGCAGAGGGCGCUGCGAGUGGCGGGAAAGGGGGUGUGACACGGGGCCUUAGGGCACGAGGUCGCCAUGCAGGAGGGGCAGCAGCAGCAGCAGCAGCAGCAACACCGUACAACAAGGGCAGCAGGCCGUCUCCGCAGGCUUCCCCUGCUGCCGGAGGAGGCGAAGUGCAUGCAACACUGGCUGCAGAAACUUCCAAUCCGUCGUUAGGCACUGCGGGCGGCGCAGCAGCGGCCUCUUCUGGGAGCAAACGGGAUGCGGCAGACGGCGUAUGUGGUGGUAGCACAGCUCAUAAAACUACGUCUAGUAGUAGUAGCAGCAGCAGCAGCAGCAGCAGCUCGAGCUCGACUCGGGGAAGUCGCGUGCAAUGGAGCCGAUUCGACGCGCUGUUUCGGAGGGUUCCCCUGGGGCCCUUUGCUGCAGACAUCUCAAGGGCCUUUAAGGAGGGUCCGGAGAGACAGCAGGCCCUGCAAGAAGCGAAAACUAUCGAGCGCACUCUGUUGCAGCCAGACUCUACCCCCAACGCGGCAGACCUCCUUCUGCCGGCAGCAGAGGAUCUCGAUGCACUUCAGGAACUUCUUGAGCUUCAUGCGCAGGUCCUCAAAGAGAGGCAGGAAAAGCGAAAGGGCAUGAAGCAGGGUGGCGUGGAAGGCAGAGACGUGGAGAAUGCCGCUCACAAGCUGCCCAUUACGGCACUCAUCGACUUCGGAUCGGUGGCUGCUUGGUGCUGCUUUGAGCCCGUCGAGGGGCGUUACUCUGAGGCUCCCCAGGCCGGGCAGCUUCUCGACGAACUGUGUAGCAAGGGCAGAAAUGCGCUUCCAAGUGCCAGCGGCAGCAACGGAAACGGGAGCUUUGUAUUGGAUGAUGUUGCUAUCAAAGCGUAUCUCCAAAAGGUAGUCGCUCCGGCUCUCGCAGAGCACCAAGGGGGGCUUGCGUCUCCUGCUGCCUUCGGCACAGGAGCAGCAGGAUCUUCCGCUUCCGCUGCUACCGCCGCCGCUACUCCUGCAUUGCCGCAAGGCGGUGGGGUUGUUGUAGAGGAGGGAGCAACAGAAACCGUAAGCAACAGUCCCACCCUUCAAACUGCAGGGUGUCAGCUGUCCAUUAAAGCCUUCAAGAUCCUCACGGACUACCAACUUGCCUUUUGCAGGAGGCAGCUACACUGCAUGCAGAUCCCCGCCGAAGGAACGGCUCCGGACCUCAAGGCUUUGCUGCAGAAGCAACUGCAGCAGCAGCAACAACAAAAGCACCAGAGAUUGCCAGGCCCAGAAAGGCCAAAUGGAGCAGAACAUGGAGGAGUGGAGGAAAGCGAUGGAACCUCUAAGAAGCUCUGCUCCCUCCACGAAGGCGCGUCCAGCAAAUCAGCAACAGCAGAUGAUGAAACAUCGGUGAAAAGCGGAGCUUACCAAGGAAGCGAGACAAGGGUUCUCGCGAAGGCCGAGAGCAACGGCACGGACUGCUCACGGGUUUCCAUGGACCAGCAGCAGCAGCAGGAGCGACAGCAGGAGCAGCAGCCUGCCGCAGAUGGUUCGAACGGCAAUAGCGGCAACAAGGCAGGCUCCCAAGUGACGGCAGCGGAUUUGCCUAACCCGUCGUUUACCUUCGGAGGGGCAGUAAACCGUCCUGCGGCUGGUACUGUUAGUCUUGCAGGCAACAGCAGCCACACCAUCGGUGGUGUUAAUGGAGGCGUAGCCUCUCUCGUAGAGGUGGCAGGGCAUCGGUGGUAUUGGGGGGCUUGUGGGGAAAAUAGAGAAGCUGGAGACUUCGUCGGAUCGCAAUGCAUGCAGUUCUUGCAGGUAGGGCGUGUGUUGGCGCGCGAUCUGCAUCGCUUCAAGUCCUCCUUGUUGCGCUGUCUCCUUGAAGAGAACCAGAGCACCUUGAGGCUGUCGGAACGGGCAGACGUCUUGUCUUCUUUGCUGCAACGCUACGGCGAAAUGCAGAGGUGGGGUCAUCUGAGGCAAGCCCUCUGUGCAGGCCUCAGGGAUGUGGCCAUGCCACCCUUCCUGCCGAAUGCGGCGGCAGUGCAGCAGCAGCAGAAUCAGCAGCAGAAUCAGCAGCAAGUAUUGGGGGCAUCUCCUGGGACGGCAGCUGCCAAAUGCGCACCUUCUCAGACUGAGGGCUCAAGCAGCAGCAACAGCGGUAGCGUGUGCAAGGAGAAUGAAACGGCGGCAGCUCUCCAGGCCGUGGCUUGUCGGUUUGCUGCAGCUGCAGCGGCAACGGGGAGGGCGAGGAAUGCCAGCCCGGAGCAGCAGCUGCUGCAGCACCAGCAACAACGGCAUCUGUUCAAUCAGACACCGGAGAAGCCGCCUGAGGAGGGCCUCCCUGCGAGUGACUUUGCGGAGGCUGCGGAGGCAGCAGCCGCUGCUGCUGCUGUUGCCGAGGCAGCUGAAUCGGGUGACGCCGCAGCAGCGGCGCUGCGACUGUACGAACACCAGGAAGGGGUGUUGCCUAGGGAGAAUUCUGCAGUCAACCCAAGGCCCCCAACGAAGGGCCUCUGGCAUGGCGUUCAGGCUCCCCGUAGUAACGGGCUUCAAGCUGCUGCGACAGGAGUAGCACAGGGGUAUGGCAGUAUGCCCGGGGGUGGCUUAGACCUGGUGUGCUGCUGCGUAUGCUGGCAAGGGGAGAUUUCGUCCUUAAAUCCCCUCUAUUCAUGUGUGCGCUGCCUCCUCUGCUGCCACAAGCAUUGCUACGGCGUGGGCCGCAUGGGGGAAGCGGUGGAAGCGGAAGAUUGGCUGUGCCGCCGUUGCGAGUUCGAAAAAAGAACUUUAGGCACUCAGUGGAUGGCCGUCUUCAAGCCCAUGGAUCCGAAAUGCCAGAUCUGCUGCCGAGGCGGAGGGGCCCUCAAGCCCACUGCAACAGGCGCUUGGGCGCAUGUGCUCUGCUGUGUCUUUCUGAUGCCAGAAGUGGUGUGCUUGGACUUGCAGCGUCUCGAGCCUUGGAGUCUUGAGGGCGUGCAGAGUUGGCGUCGGUUUGCCGUCUGCUCGCUUUGCGGUGUGGCGGGAGGAGCUUGCCUCCGGUGCUCUCAGGUGGGGUGCACUGUGGCAUUCCACCCCAUGUGCGCGUGGCUCGGAGGCCUCUACUGCUCGGCGGAGACGAUCCCUGGCCUCUUCCUUGUCGUUAGAGGGACGUUGGAUCAUUGCUUCCCCCGCCUCAGACUCAAUGCCUUCUGCUUCAAACAUACGCCGGAGGCGCCUUCUAUCCGGAGGAGUGGAGCCUUGCAGGCCGUCAUGCGAUCACGACGCUAUUGCACGCGAGACCACUGCCCAGAGCUGCAUGCUCUCAGCGAGAGAAAAGGCGCGUUCUUUCUCAAGCGUGCGCUCCCCGCCGCUGCUGCGGCUACCCGCCGCAGCACAGCCGUUGCAGCAGCUGCGGCUGCCAACAGCUGCAAUGCCACCAAUGCCACGCCCUCCAAAGCGCAUUUUCCAGCAACUCCCGUGACUCCCGCCGCUGCGGCCCCUCCUGCCGCUGCCACUCGACGGUCCGUUGCUGCUGCAGCUGCAGCUGCGGCAUCUGCGCACUCCAUGGGGGGAGGCACUCCUGCUGCGGAGACAGCACCUGGUGCUGCAGCCUCGGGAGGGCCUUGGCCAAACAGCGUCACAACUACUGGCAGUUCCGGCUGCAUUACCCCCAACGCGGCUGGCGAAGGCUUGGCUACAGCUGCGGGAGCAGCGGCGGGAGGGAGAGCAGGAGAGACUUCCGCGGCAGCUGCCACAACAAAUGGAGAUGUCUUUGCGACGGAACGACCCAUGCUGGAAGAGCUGGAUUUCUAUCAAGACCACUGCUGCGCCGUCUGCCUUCUUCCGAAGGUCACUGCCAGCACCAACAAUCCCUUCUUUUACUGCUCCCGCUGCGGGAUAUCGGUGCACCGCAUGUGCUACGGCAUCCCCCGCGAAUGCCUCCCCAGCAUCCUCCGCCCCGAGCUGCAGCCGCAAGAGCAACUUGAAGCGGAGGACUGUGGCAUCAAGCGGCAGAAACAUACGGGGGGAACGCAUGGCACCACCACCAUCACCAGCGGGCUUCCAGAGGGCAGAGACAGCAGCAGCUGCUGCAGCAGCACGUGCAGCAGCAGCAGCAGCCACAGCAGCAGCAGCAGCAGCACCAAGGACGCAACCUCGAUUUCGAAACCUCCUGGUCUAAAGCGUCCUUAUUCGGAUAUUCCCGCAACAGGCUGCAGCAACGGCGGCGAGCCGUAUGUGCCGGUGCCGUUUCUAUGCGAGCCGUGCCGGUAUGCAUCCAAUCGAGAUGAGGUGUACUGCCAGCUGUGCCCCCGUCGUGGGGGCGCCCUCAAACUGGCAUUGCCGUCUUCAUGCGGAUUUACCGUGGAGACGGUUGUUGGCGCUUCAGCUGACAAAAUUGCAGCGGCAGUUGCUGCUGCCGUGAGCAGCAGGCGCGUGGAUGGCGGCAACACAGCGGCACCGCUACAGUUCGUGCAUAUGGUGUGUGCCCUCUGGACACCAGGUGUGGAAGCUGCUGAGACAGAGAGCCUUUCUCCCAUUGUCGGAGUCGAUGCCGCGUUACAGAGGGAGCUGCAACAAAACCCCUGCAAUAGUGCUGGUAAGAAUGCUGCCAAGCAGAACCAGCAGCAGCAGGAGAGCGGCGUCGCUCGUAGAGAUCAGUCUCGAGCCGUAUCGAACACCGCUGCUGCAGGACUGCAGCUGCAAGAAGCUGCUGGCUCAGAAGGAACUGGAGAGUCUGCCGGUACUUUUGUCUGUGCAAUAUGCGGCCUCUCGUUCGGUUUGAUGCUUUCCUGUUGUGCCCGGGAGUGCACAACGACCUUCCAUGCCCUUUGCGCUCAACUGCGGGGGUGCUUCAUGGAGAUGGCAGAAACUACAGGGCCUUCUUUCCAGGCGACAGCUUUCUGUCUCAAGCAUUCCCACACUCGCAACCAGAUUUCCCCAAGCGUUCGAUUGCUGCUCCGUCUUCGCUCCUUCCUCGAGCUUUCUCGUCUGCUGGUUGGGCAAGUCUCGGAACGAGAGAGCAGCAAGAGGCUUUACAUUGCCCAGCGGCGGAAGUGCCUCGCCGCGGCAUACCCAAUUCACCCUUCGCAGACUCCCCACCCCGCCACGCAGCAGCAAGGGCAGCAGCAAGAGCAGCAGCAAGAGCAGAGCCAUCUGGCGCUCGCUAGUGUGGAGCUGCAAGGCCUCGAGUCAGUGAUCGACAGCGAGACGGGCUUUCGUUGCACGCAUCUGUCUGAGCAGCAGCUGAAGCAGCUACAGCAGGAGCAGCGAGCGCACCGGUAUGAAGGCACUUUGAAGGGCACGCUGCUGCGGCUGCUGGAUACAAGCACUGCCGCGGCAAGGCAGGAGGCCAUAAGGCUUGCUGCCUCUGUCCGGCAGACUUGGGAAGCGAUCCUCUCUGAGGCCACCCCCGCUGCUGCGGCACGGGCAGGAGCAUCUGCUGCGGCAGCAGCCGCAUCUGAUCCGGGGGAGCUCAAGCCUGCCGCCAACAGCAGCAGCAGCAGCAGCACGAGCAGCAGCUAUGGAGGCGGGGAAGAUGACUUUGGUGUCCCCGAAGGUUUAUUUGUAGAUGACGCUGCAGACGAUGAGGCAGUGAAGAGCAAUUAUAUGUCCCUCUUCUUUUCUGGUCCUGUGCCUCCCUCAGACUUCACCGCCAGCAGCAGUGUUGGCUCCAGGGAAAAUCCUGCUGAACAGCCAAGCGAAGGCGCUGAGCUGCUGCCCCUGCUGCGCAUAUCCCAGGCCACGAUGGCUUCUGAUGGCAGGCAGCCGUCGCACUGCCCUCAGGUGUGUAGUUGCUGGCGAUCUGCACCAACUGCAGGAGGCGGCUCGGCAGCAGGCGGUGCAGAGGCAGAUCCUGACGGCAGUGCCCUUGCGGCGUGCAACCAUGUCUGCAGCAGCGGGACCAACAGCAAACGGAGCGAACUCGCUUCUGCAUCAAGAGGAAGCGCCUUCCACUGCGGCAGGUGUCCUGGUGAUAGCCGUUCAGCAGCUGCGGCUGUGGACUGGAUUCGUAGUCGUUGCGCUUAG